AUGGACGACGAGCUUGACGAGCAGAAAGGCGCCGGCCCGGCCAAGGACGGCUUCCCCGUCACCUAUAUCUGGGACAUCCGCGGCCUCAAGAAGCCGAGGCAGACGGGGCUCUGGAAGGGCACGAUCAACCCGCACGACGGGCUGCUGUACCAGUCAAACUACGGCGCGGGGCUGCGCGUUUACAACGUUUCGUCCGUGCCCUCGGACCCGAUGGGCGGCUCCGUCGGCGAAGUUGCUUACUUUGACGUGCACCCCCGAGGACGACGCCGAGCCGGGGGCGGGAACGUUUCGUUUGCGGGCUUGUGGUCGUCCUACGCCCAGUUUAGGUCGGGGUUCGUUUGGGUCAACACGUUUGAGCGAGGCGGGUUCCUGGUAAGGCCGACCGGGGAGGCGUACGUGCCGUUCAAGCCCCCCACGCGGCCGCGGCCGCGGUGGGGGCUGUAG